AUGAGUAAAGGAUGGGACGAUUUGCCAACCGAACUGUUAUUGAUGAUAAUGUCUCACCUAGAGGCGAAAGAAUUGGCACGCCUUGGUAACGUCAAUUAUCACUGGAAACGUGUAGGAGAAGAUGAUUCAUUGUGGAAAUAUUUGUUUUUUAAAGAUUUUACGCGAAACAGUCAGACUUACAGAAAGGUGUGUGAACGUUGGAUCGAUGAAUACAAGUUAUUGAAAUUUGAGCCUCCAAUAACUCUUACGGAAAGUUUACGAGAUUGUCCUGACGGUUUGUCACAUGUUGCAUUUUCCGAUGAUGGUCAACUAUUUUGUACGACAGCUAACGAUGCCUCUUUCAAAAUAUGGACCGCUACAAGUCCGGUAUAUUUGCUGGAUCAAAGAUACAUGGAUGAUGCGCUUGGAUGGGAACGUGCUUUGAGCUGUGAGUUCAGUGCAGACAAUAAACGUCUUCUUGUAGCCGGUGUGAAGUUUGGUGGAGUUGGUGAAAUUGCAAUAUAUUCCGUCGAUGGUUCUUGGAAUUUAUUGCGAGGCAUUCUUUAUUAUUCGGGAGAUUACAUAAAACAUUUCGAUGUUUGGCAUCGCGAAUCUUUGCAAGUAUAUUGUCAGCCAACAUGCAUUCUUACUACUCGUGAAAAUGAACUGUACGCAGCAGCUGAACAGUUCUCAUUAAUCUUAAAAAUUUAAGACAGCUCAUCAAUACAUUAUUUGUGUCGUGUGCUAAAUAAUCCUCCUGAGGUGGGUGCAUGCUGGUACAAUAGCUCAUAUAUAUUCAGUGGUGAUAUAUAUUUCUUGAAUCGGAACUCCGUUGUGGGCACGUCAGUAUCGCAAAUUUGGAUUUGUUCAUCACUGUCACCGGAUGCAGUUGGUAAUGAAUCAGUUAUGAGUCCUGUUUUUCGAAUAUUAAAUCGAGGUGGAAGUUACUGUCAAAUGAUCAAGUUAGGUCGGUUUGUCCCUUCUCGACUCCGAGGCGUUGUAGUCCUUGCAGAGGAAGCAGCAAUUGAACACAAGACAUUAACUUCGAAAGCGAAUGAGCUGGUGAGUGAAGAAUUAAGCGGUAAUGAACGAAGAAACGAAAUGAGAAGGCGAAUUGAAGAAAUUAGUUCUGAAUGGAGGACUGAAUGUUCCAGUUGCAAAAAUUGGCAUUUGAUAAAUGAGGAUGAUAAUGUUGGUGACAGCUCGACGAUUACAUACGCUGCGUGUUGUCCAUGUUUUUGUCAUGAAAAUGACCAUCGGUUAUUAAUUUAUGCAACAGGGGACAAUGAAUUUUCACCGCCUCAUCGUAUCGCAUUUAAAAUAGUUGAUGGGAAUAUGAUUGCUGAAAAAAUAUAUCCAGAAACGGAAUCAUGGCCAAAACGAGAAGAGCGAUCAUCUGGUCGUCGUCAUCGGCAACAAGAAUUUGAAGAAGCACAACUAUCGGCGAUAAUGUCAAUGGUUGACUUUCCGGAUCAUAUUAUUGACAUGAAAGCUUAUAUUAUGGGCAUGACACUCAGUUUGGAUCAAAAAUAUUUGUAUGUGAACGUUACGCAUGAUAAUUAUGGUGGUAGUUCGCAGUUUGCAUAUUUGGCCGAAAUUUGUGUCGUCAAUUUAUCCACGAUGAUAAUUGAAAAGUCAUAUAUUGGUCAUUUUGCUACACGUGUUGAACGAUUUGGUUGUUCUGUUGGUGGACAUUAUGUUGCUAGUGCCUCAGUUGAUGGUGGACGAAUUUGGUCACGUGAAUAUCAUUGUGUUAUCGGAGAAUUACCGCAUGCUGGAGGAGCUGCAGCGGUUGCACUCAAUCCAGUUGAUGGUACCAUGGCAGUGUCAGUUGGAAAAACUGAUGGGAAAAUUAAAAUUUGGCGAAGUAAGAAAUUUCUCCAUCGUUAUACUGUUCCUAAUGAUUUUAUGUAA